GUCACGCAGUGUAGACGAAGGAGAGAGAGAAGAGAAUGUUGUGUGUCUCUGUGGUUCUCCUCCAUUGAUGUCUGAAACUGAAGAGUCAAGUGAUUGAAUUUGUGUUCUUGUUUUUUACCCUUUGUAUAUAUUUCUUUUUGGGACGAUCCAGUGUUUAUCAUUCUUAAGGACACCAAAUUGAUAUUUAGCAUUAAGUACAAAUCCACAGUGCAAAGUUUUGUAGAAUUCUUAGUUUCUAGCAUACUAGUAGAGGAUCAAAGGAAUCAAGUAGUUUACUUUGGCGUAGAACCCGUUCGUUGAGCUUCUUGCAGCAGCUGUUAUGGCCAGUCUGUCGCAGUCAGAAUCUGGGAGGUUGUACUCGUGGUGGUGGGAUAGUCACAUUCCUAAAAACUCAAAAUGGAUUCAGGAUAACCUUGCAGACAUGGAUUCCAAAGUCAAGACAAUGAUAAAGCUCAUCGAAGCUGAUGCAGAUUCGUUUGCAAGAAGGGCAGACAUGUACUUCAAGAAACGUCCAGAGCUAAUGAAACUGGUGGAAGAGCUAUACAGAGCUUAUCGUGCUUUAGCUGAGAGGUAUGAUCAUACAACUGUGGAGCUUCGGCGUGCGCAUAAAGUCAUGGUUGAGGCGUUUCCUAACCAGAUGUCUUUUGACAUGAUUGAGGAUUCUGCAUCAUCUUCUUCUGAGCCUCGUACAGAAGCAGAUACAGAAGCUCUACAAAAGGAUGGUACUAAAAGUAAAAGGAGUUUUAGUCAGAUGAAUAAAUUAGAUGGAACUUCUGAUUCUCACGAAGCAGAUUCUGAAGUUGAAACCUUAAAGAGAACAUUGCUUGAGCUUCAGACUGAAAAGGAAGCUUUGAAUCUCCAAUAUCAGUUAAUCUUGAGCAAAGUAUCCAGAUUUGAAAAGGAACUCAACGAUGCUCAAAAGGAUGUUAAAGGAUUUGAUGAACGUGCUUGCAAAGCUGACAUUGAGAUUAAAAUACUCAAGGAAUCUCUUGCAAAGCUAGAGGUGGAGAGGGAUACUGGGCUUCUUCAGUAUAGUCAAGCCAUUGAGAGAAUAGCGGAUUUGGAAGCAUCGAUUUCUCAUGGGCAAGAAUAUGCGAAGGGGCUCACUAACCGAGUGUCUGAAGCAGAAAGAGAAGCCAUGAGUCUCAAGAAAGAGCUUUCUAGAUUGCAGUCUGAGAAGGAGGCUGGCUUGCUACGAUACAAUAAAAGCCUUGAGUUGAUAUCUUCCUUAGAGAAGACAAUUAGAGAUGCGGAGGAGAGUGUUAGAGUAUUCAGGGACCAAUCGGAACAAGCAGAAACUGAAAUCAAAGCUUUGAAACAAGAACUUCUGAAGUUGAACGAAGUCAAUGAGGACUUGAAUGUUCGAUAUCAGCAGUGUUUGGAGACAAUAUCAAAGUUAGAGAGAGAAGUUUCUCAUGCUCAAGAUAAUGCCAAAAGACUGAGCAGUGAAGUUCUUGCUGGCGCUGCAAAAAUAAAGACUGUGGAGGAACAAUGCGCUCUUUUGGAGAGCUUCAAUCAAACAAUGAAGGUAGAAGCAGAAAAUCUAGCGCACAAAAUGUCAGCUAAGGAUCAAGAACUUUCCCAGAAGCAAAACGAGAUUGAAAAGCUUCAAGCUGUAAUGCAAGAAGAACAAUUGCGGUUUUCAGAACUUGGAGCUAGCCUUCGAAAUUUGGAGAGUUUGCAUUCUCAAUCCCAAGAGGAGCAGAAGGUUCUCACCUCAGAACUUCAUAGCCGGAUUCAAAUGUUGAGAGAACUGGAGAUGCGAAAUAGUAAGUUGGAAGGUGACAUCAGCUCUAAAGAAGAAAACCGAAACUUAAGCGAAAUAAAUGACACUUCUAUCUCCUUGGAGAUUCAGAAAAAUGAGAUCUCUUGCUUGAAGAAAAUGAAAGAAAAGCUCGAGGAAGAAGUUGCGAAACAGAUGAACCAGAGCAGUGCCCUUCAAGUAGAGAUCCACUGUGUGAAGGGUAAUAUUGACAGCAUGAAUAGGAGAUACCAAAAACUAAUUGACCAAGUAAGCCUCACAGGUUUCGAUCCCGAAUCUCUUUCCUACUCCGUGAAGAAACUACAAGACGAGAACUCGAAGCUAGUCGAGUUAUGCACCAAUCAGAGAGACGAAAAUAAUGCUGUUACAGGGAAGCUAUGUGAAAUGGACAGCAUUCUAAAGAGGAAUGCUGAUUUGGAGAAAUUGCUUCUGGAAUCAAACACCAAACUAGACGGUUCCAGGGAGAAAGCGAAGGAUCUGAUAGAAAGAUGUGAGUCUUUACGAGGAGAGAAAUCUGAGCUUGCUGCCGAGAGAGCUAACUUGGUUUCCCAGUUGCAAAUCAUGACUGCGAAUAUGCAGACACUCUUGGAAAAGAACUCUGUAUUAGAGAAAUCCCUGUCUUGUGCAAACAUUGAGCUUGAAAGUUUGAGGGAUAAGUCAAAGUGCUUUGAUGAUUUCUUCCAGUUUCUCAAAAAUGAUAAGUCUGAGCUUAUGAAGGAAAGAGAAUCUCUUGUCUCUCAGUUGUGUAAGGUUGAGGAGAAGCUAGGAGUCUUGGAGAAGAAGUAUACAGAACUGGAAGUAAGGUAUACUGAUUUACAGAGAGAUAAUAAGCUCAAAAGCCAUCAAGUAGAAGAGUUACAGGUCUCACUUGCCGCUGAGAAGCAGGAGAGUGCUAAUUACAAACGAUCUACUGAAAGCAGAUUAGCAGAUCUUCAGAAGAAUGUGAGCUUUCUUCGAGAAGAGUGUCGUUCCAGGAAAAGAGAGUACGAGGAUGAGCUUGACAGAGUUGUAAACAAACAAGUCGAGAUCUUCAUCUUGCAAAAGCUUAUAGAAGAUCUAGAGCAGAAGAAUUUUUCUCUCCUGAUUGAGUGUCAGAAGCAUGUUGAAGCAUCAGAAUUUUCCGAGAAACUCAUUGCUGAGCUGGAAAGUGAGAAUCUCGAGCAGCAGAUGGAAGCAGAAAUAUUUUUGGAUGAGAUUGAUAGCUUGAGAGGUGCAAUCUAUCAGGUGAUAAAGGCACUUCAAGUUGAAGCAGAUUGCAAGACUGAACAGAAGAUUACAAAAGACCAAAUUUCAGUUUCACGUGCUUUGGGAGAGAUUGAUAGCCUAAAAGGUUCACUCUCCAGUGCUGAAUAUGAGAUGCAUCGACUUGUAGUUGAGAACUCGGUGCUUUUAUCUCUACUUGGACAAUUCCAGUCAGAUGGUUUGGUGCUCGAAUCGGAGAAGAACAUACUCGAAAAAGAUCUAAAGACUAAAAUACAUCAGUGUGGAAUGCUUGAAAAGGACAAGCAAGAUCUACAGGAAGCGAACCGGUUGUUGAAAUCAAAACUGAUCAAAAGAGAGCAACAAGAGCAAAAGCUGAGAGCUGAACUGAAAUUUGAGAAUUUGAAGUUUGAGAGUUUGCAUGACUCAUACAUGGUUUUGCAACAAGAUUAUUCCUAUACACUCAAUGAUAACAAAACUUUGCUUCUGAAAUUUUCAGAAUUUAAAGAUGGAAUGCAUGUAGUUGAGGAAGAAAAUGAUGCAAUUCUUCAGGAGGCUGUUGCUUUGAGUAACACGUGUGUUGUUUACAGGUCCUUUGGGUCUGAAAUGGCUGAGGAGGUCGAAGAUUUUGUUGAAACUGUAAGCAGUUUACGAGAAAUUAGUACGGGACUGAAGCGCAAGGUUGAGACACUGGAGAAGAAGUUAGAAGGUAAAGAGAAAGAAAGUCAAGGUCUUAACAAGAUGCUGGAAAAUUUACAGGAAGGCCUUGAAGAAGACAACUUCUUAACUGGACUCUUGGAACAUCAGGUUUCUAAUGUAGACGAAAUCUUGGAACAUAGGGAAAUGGAGAUCCUAGAAGCAGAGCAUAUGCUCAAGGCCACAAACAAUGAAAACGAAGAGCUGCACAAAGAAGUUGAGGAGCUGAGGAAAGACUAUGAAGACUCAAGACGGAUGAGGGCAAAUUUAGAGUGGCAGAUUUCUGAACUGUCAGAUGUUGCUGGAAGACAGGAGGAAGAGAUUAGAAAACUUAACGCUUUGAAUGAGAAUUUGGAGUCAGAGGUACAGUUUUUAAACAAAGAAAUUCAACGACAACAGGUUCGAGAGGAGUACCUGAGUUUGGAGCUGCAAGAGAAAAGCAAUGAGAUUGGACUUUGGGAUUCUGCGGCAACAUCUUUCUACUUUGAUCUUCAGGUCUCAGCUAUCCGUGAACUCAUUCUUGAGAACAAAGUUAACGAACUCUCAGGAGUUUGUGAAAACCUCAAUGAUGAAGUUGUUACGAAAACGACUAAGAUUAAACAGAUGAAAGAAACAGUUGGAUUUUUGGAGUCUCAAGUGACUGAGCUGAAGAGUCAGUUGUCAGCUUAUGAUCCUGUGAUAGCAUCUUUGGCAGGGGAUGUAAAAGCCCUUGAGAAAAGUACACAUGCUUUAACGAAAUUUCCUGCAACAGCCUAUCAACAAAGAGUGGGAAACAAUCUGGAAGAAAGCGGCAGUACCACCAGCCCAUGCAAUGGAAUUGUGAUUCUGAAGGAAAUUAAUCCAAGUAUUAAGACCAUCGAACAAGCAUUUGUUAAAGAAAAAGGCAGGCUAUCAAGGCAAAUAACACGAAGCACCUCCCAAAAACGCAGAGACCGCAGGAAGAUUGAAAAUAUACAACCUGAUGACCAGGUCACUGGUGAAUCUAGACAGCCAAGAUUGAGGCCUGAGAUGACAGAGGUGAAAAAUGAAUUAUUAAUGAAAGACAAUCCUCGUGAUCAAGUCACAGACUCCCUGACCUAUGGCAGAAGCCAGGGAACUAGUCAUGGUUCCAAUGACAUGUUUGAGUUUUGGGAUGAAUCUGCUGAAUCAGAGACCAGUGUAAACUUUCUCAUCAACAGUAACAAACCGCAGAGGUCAUUGAACUCCAAUCUCCGUCAUCAAAGCCGGAAUCCCUCUAUAGAAUCUGAUAAAGCGGUUGGAGUUGUUGACAAACUAGAGUUAUCUAGAAACAUCGAAGACAAGGCAAAGAUUCUGGAGAGACUUUUGUCUGAUUCAAGGAGACUGUCAAGUCUCCGGAUUAGCCUAACAGAUCUGAAAAGAAAGCUGGAGAUGAAUGAGAAACAAAGAAGAUUCAGCAACGCUGAUUUGGUUAUAGUGAAGAGACAGUUGAAAGAAAUGGAAGAAGCUGUCUCGCAGCUGGAAAACACAAACGAGAUUCUUUCAAAGGAAAUUGAAGAGACUGGAGAUGCCAGAGAUAUAUACAGAAAGGUGGUCGUGGAGAAGUCAAGAAGCGGGUCUGAGAAGAUAGAGCAGCUGCAAAACAAAAUGCAGAACAUUGAGCAAACAGUUCUGAAGCUUGAAGAUGGCACCAAAAGCAAAGGAAGGAAAAUGUUUUCAGAGACUAGGACAGUGAUUCUCUUGAGAGACAUUAUUCAUAAGGGCGGAAAAAGAAGUGCGAGAAAGAAGAAAAACCGGUUCUGCGGGUGUAUAAGGUCUUCGACUAAAGAAGAGUAGGGUGGUUCAUAAGGUAAAUUACAUCUAGUCUUUCAUAGAUUAUUGUAAAGAUAUUCAUUGAACUGACUCUAGAAGAGUAUAAUAUGAUAUGAUUUCUGAAAUAUUGUAGCAACUAGCUUAAGAUGUAUUUUAAAAUAAAGCUAGUGCUGGGGUUGAAUGAGAAACGUGGCAGAAACUCGGAUUUUAGAAGCAGACACAGUAUGUUUCGAUAUAGUAGAACUUCAAGAGAAGGAACCUAUAUUACAAGAAAUGUUU